AUGAAUGUGUUAUUAGAGAAAGAGCUUUAAAAAUUGGCAGCAGGAAAUUAUCAAAGAGCAUCUGAUAUAAAAGAUUCAAUAGAAAAUAUUCUUUUUGAAAAUUAACUAAACCAUGCUGAAAUUGGAUUAUGUUCAUCCAAAAUAAUGGCAUCAGAUAAAAGUUUCUUAGAAUUUCUAACAAACCAUGUUCUUGACAAGGAUACUUAUUAUGCUCAAACAAAGAAAUCUUUGUAUCAAAUUUUAGCAAAAUAUAUAAAGAAUUAUGUUUAAUAUGUAUCUGAAUAUUUGGAAUCGAUAAUUGUACAUUGAUUUAAAUUAUUUAUUAUUAGAGUACUUGUAUCUAAAAUUUUAAAAAGGAAGAAUCAGGAGUAGCAAAAGAAGCAUCCCUUUUUCCCAUAAUGAAAAUCUAUAAACAUUCUGAUUAAUAAAUUUUAGUAAUAUUUGAAAAAUAAUAUAAAAUUAGGUGAAGUUAUAAGUACACAAAAAUUUAUAUCAUAUUUUGUUAUAAGAAUGUUUGGAAACUAAAUUAACAGCUGGUGUCAAGGGAAGGAUAUUUUAGACUUUAGGUGUGUUAAUAAAAAGAUUUAAUAAUGAUUUAGGUGAAUAAGGAAUAUAUUUACAUGCUUUCUAAUCAAUAAUUAGUUAGAUUAAGAGUAGUAAACCUGAGAUGGUAAUAAUUGAAGGGAUUCUUAAAUUCUUUAAAUAAUGUUUAAUGUAUCAUCAAUUUAAUUAGGAUUAAAUAUCUUUAUUAUAUUAAGCAUUAGUAACAUUUUGUAAGCCUGUUGAAGAUUUGAGUACAUUUAAAGUACCUAUAGCUGCUUGUAAAUGUAUGAAAUAGAAUCUUGAUUUGUUUACUCAUUUUGUAAUAAUAAAGACAAAUGCUUUAACAUUAUUUGAUUAAUAUAUUAAAAUUUUGUAGCAUCGUAAUAGAGAUUUAAAGGAAUGUGUUUAAGAAUUACUUGAAUUAUUUAUAUAGAAGUUAUCUUAAUAAUUAGAUCAUAGUAUUAAUGAUCAUAAAGUAAAUUAUUAUUAUAUAAUAUUUAGAUAAUAUUUAAUGUGAUAUUAAACAAAUUUAUUGAAAUUUUGAAUGAUAAUAAAGCAGAUAUGUUUUUAAUGACUGUUAUUAUAAGAUCAGUAGGACAUUUUGCAAAGGCUAUUGCUAAUUUAAGAGGUGAGAAAUAAUUAGGAGACUUUUUUGAUAAAUUAAAUGAUUUAGGUUUUGAAAGAGUAUUAUAAGUUUAUGAAGAAUUUUAUAAGGAAGAUGAAGGAAAUAUGAAAAAAGGAGCAUAAUUUAAAGUUUUACUUUAUAGAUAAAAGUAAUUAAAUUCAUUUUUGAUAUCAUAUGCUAAUAUUAUUAAGAAUUUAACUAAAAUUUCAGAUAAAUAAAUUUAACAUUUAUUUGCUUUAUGUUCUUUAUGUAUUAAAUAGCAUUAUAAUUAUUUUGAAAAUUAUAGACCUUAUUUAUAUGAUGGUAUGGCAAAUAUCAUAAUUUCAAUAUUUGGUCAUUAAAAUAUAGGAAUACAAUUUGUAGGUUCUUUAUUAUCAAAAGGUGUAAUAGAAGGAUUGAAAUUAGGAUAAAAUUAACUUGAUGGAGAUUUAUAUAUUAAAACUUGUUAAGAAAUGUCAAAAUUUUGGAUUGGAAUAAUUGAAUAGAAAGUAUGGACACAACAUUAUUUAACAAAAUUUGUAAAUUAAUUAUUUGAUCAAAUUGCAUAAUUAAUAUAAAAUUGUAAUUUUGAAUCAAUUUAGAAAGAAGUGAAUUAAUUUGAUGAAUAAAAUCAAUAAUAAUAAUAAUAUUCAUUAAAAAUAUAAGAAUUUAGAAAUUUUGCAGUUAAUCCAACUUAAUUAACAUAAUUUCAUAGAUUUAUUUUAAUGUUAUCUGCUUUAAUACCUAAAAUUCCAAUAGAAUCUGCAGUAAUUUCAAUUUUAAAUUUAUUAAAUUUAGUAUAAAUAAAGAUUAGAAAGUAUCCUAAAGCAUUAUUAUUACUUAUAUUUGCAAGGGUUUUAUUAAAAUAUAUAAAAGAAACAUAAUUAAUAAAUUAAUAAUUUUUUGAAGCAAGAUAAAAAUAAAUAUUGAUUAAUUUAAUAUUAAAAUUAAAAGGAUUGAUUUAAAAUCAUUUAAAAUAAUAUAGUUAAUAAUUAUAAAUUGAAGCCUUAAAUAUUUUAUUAACAAUUCCUGUUGAAUUUAUUGUAAAAGAUAAUUAUUUAUUACUUAAAUCAGAAUAUAUUCAAAUAAUUAUUAAUGCAUUUUAGAUGAAUAAUAAUUCAUUAUCAUGGAGUGCCAUAGAUUUAUUGAUAUAAUUAAUAUAAUCAGAAUACAAUUAGAAGAACUAAAAGAAUUUAAAAUAUCUAUUGAAGAUCUUAAAGAAUGUUAUUCCUAAAUUAUCAACAUAUAUGUAAUUAGUUCCAGAAUAAGAAAAACCUUUUUAUACUCCAAUAUAAUAUAUAGAUAGUAUAAGUCCAAAUAUUUUAUUGUCUGAAUAACAUAUAGAUCAAAAUCAUAUAGUUGAUAAAGUUAGAUAUUUCUUAGGUUCUAUUGGAGGAUUAUGUCAUUUAAUAGUAGAUGAAACAUAUAAUGAAUCCCUUUUGGCUCUUGAUUACAAUAGUCCAAUUACUAUAAAUAUUCCAGUUGGUUAAAAGAAAUUAAAAAUUAGAUUUGGAUAAUUCUUAGAGAGAAUCUUAAGUUUAUGUUUAUGUGCUCCUUUAGAAAAAUCAAAAAUAUAUGCUUGUGAAUUAUUAUAAGCUUUUGCUAUUUAUAUGAUUGGAGAUUAAGCAGUUAAUGGAACAAAAGCAGUAGCACAAAAUACAAAGAAGAAAUUUGAAUAUGCUAAUAUUUAUAAAAAAAUGUUUCCUGUUAUGAUAGAGAUUAGUAAUACUAUGGAUCAUCCUUGUAAAACAUAUUUUAAAGAACAUUUAACAAGAAUAGUUCAUUGGUUUGCUAAUUCAAAAUAAUAUGAAGCACCAGAUGUGGCAUAAUUAUUAGAUUGUUUAUUUGAAUAACCAAUAAAUAAAGAAGAUCCUUAAUUAGAAUAGUUUUGUUCAUAAUUAAUAGGAGAAUUCAUUUAAUGGACAUUAAAAUAAACAACUCCAGAUUAAUUGAAAUUAAAUUAUUCAAAUAUCAAAACUGUAAUGAGAAGAAUAAUUACAUAUGCUAAUCAUCCUGAUUUUAGAUAUAAAAGUAUGUCAUUAGAAUGUAUUUUAUAAUUUGUUAAACAUACUCAAUAAGAAAAGUUUAUAGUUUCUAAAUAUUUUAUAGAAAUAGUAGAAUAAUUAAAAUUCAUUUUUAUUGUUGAAGAUAAAGAUAUUAGUAGAAUUGUAUCUAAUACCAAUAAUAUUAUAGAUAUAAUAAGUAAUGCAUUUGAAAGGUUUACAUAAGAUUUAUUAUAAGAGAUGAAGGGAAGAUAAGGAAAAAAUAAGACUCUUUAUUCUUUACAUGAAUUCUUAUUAAAUGAAGCAAUGAUUGGUAAAGAUGGAGGAUGGCAAUAGGCAACAUUAAGUUUAUGGUAUUUGAGUGUAAGUAAGACAUAGAAAGUAAUUAAGAAAAAUGCUAGAGAACUCUUAGUUGAUUAAAUAGCUGAAAUAGGUUAAAAGAUGAAAUUGUUUCCAAAAUAUCCUAUAAAUAGAUUAUAAGGAGAAUAGAAUUAUAAUUCUCUUCGUUUAGAUGCUGAAUCAUUAUCUUGGUAAUGUAGAAUUUGGCAAUUUAUUUAUGAUAGAAAUUUAUUUACUUUAGAUGAAAUCAUUUAAUUUGAUGAUUAUUUAAUAACAACUUAUAAUAUACAUUAAUUUCUAAGAUAUUUUAUUAUCAAAAAUUAAAGACAUUAAAUGGAUGAAUCUCCUUUAUUUGAUAUGAUUAUGACAUUAACAUAAGAUAAUUUCAAUCCAUCAUAAAAUUUGUAAAUUGAAGCUGGUAAUAUAGAUAAUUGGCUUACUAUAUAAUUACCAGAGAAAUUAGUGGAAUAAUUAAUUACUACUUUUGAAAGAGUAUAUAAAUUUGUAAGAACAUUCCAUAUAGAUGUUGAAUAAUACUAUAAUUUAAGUAUUGGAAUUAUUAUAAGACCUUCUUAUUUCUUAAAAGGAAUAUAAUUAGAUUUAUAUUUUGGAUAAGUUGAAAGUGUUGUUAAUGAAGCAUAAAAAUUAUUAUAAGGAACUCUAAAAUUUACAGAAUUUAGAUAAGUUUUAAAUGAAAUCUUUGAUAAUUAAUUUGUUUCUUUUGCAUAAACUAUAACUAAUAAAGAUUUAAUUAAAGAUAUUAAUGAAUUAAAAUUCUUUUUAAAGGGAUUGAAAUGGAUUUCAAAUCAAUGUUAAAAUGAUUAAGAAUGUAAUCAUUUUUAUUAAGAAUGUAUUGAUUAACUUGGUUAAGUGGUUAUUAAUUUUGAAUAGGGAAAUGAUUAAAUUAACAAUAUUGAAUAUGUUACUCAUCUAUUUGAAUUCUUACUCUCAGAAUAAAGAGCUAAGAAUUUUGUUAUUGCUAAUUUAAUAAAAGCAUCUGAUUUUAGAUAAAAACAUGAAGAAUAACUUAUAGCAUUUGUUGCUAAAAACUUUGAAUCUAUAGGUCAAAUCUAUUUUUAAUAUAUUUGUAAAGAAACUCAUUUAUUAAGGUAAGGGAUAUUAUUAGUUAAUAAAGUAUCUGAAAAUUUAGUUCAUCAUUUUUAUAAGUUUUAAUUUAAAGUCAAUAGAGAAAAUACUGCUCUUUUAUUAUUAGAAAUUUAAAUUAAUAAUAUAGUAAUAAAUUAAACAAAAGAUAUUAAUAGAGAAUAUGUUAAAGGUUUAUUAAAAGAUGGACUGAACACUAAUAGAUCAAUUGAAAUUCACAUAGAUGCUUUAAUAUUAUUUGGAUUGUAUAUUAAACAUAUAGAUACAGAUUUACCCAAUUAUUUAAAUGAUUUAGCUAAUAAGUAUUUCCCUAUAAAGAUUUCUGAUUUAAAGAAAGGAUCAACAGAAGAGUCGAAUUUUAAAACUAUUCUUAAAAAAUUAACAGAAAUGAUUAAACUUUGUGGAUAGAUUUAAUAUAUUGAAGUGUUAUUUCCACUUUUAAGAUAAGAUUUAAAUUUUGAUUAAUUUAUUUAAGAAUUUUUAUAGAUUAAUUAAGAAUCUUAUUAAUAAUUGAAAUGGCUUAUGUUAUAAAUAAAGGAUGAAUAAUUGGAUACAAGUUCAAUUAAUAAUGUGAGAAUAGCAUUGGGUAAUAAAUUAUUGAUUCCUCUUUUAAGUAAUUCUAAUUUGUUACUUGAAUUUUAUUCAGAAUUUACACCUUAUCUUUUGUAAUAAUUGAAUGUAAUAUGGGAUGAUAAUUGGAAGAUCAUGUUGUUUUAAUUAUAAUGGAGAGCACUUAUAUUUGAUCUAUUUGGAAUAGCUUAUAAGAGAAUGUCUACAGAAUAGAUAAAAAAGUAAUUACAUUCAAAUCUAAAAUUUUAAGCUGAUAAUGAAAUAACAAAGAAAUUAAUUGUAGAUUGUAAUAAAGCAAGUAAAUUUAAAUUUGAGAAAAUUAAUAUUUUGAAUAUAAAUCAAAAAGAGAUACUAUCUUAAGUGAAUUAUUUAAAAAUAGUAGAAGAUUAUUAAAGUAGUGCAUAUAUAACUUAUAUUUAUGUAUUGAUGAAAACAUAGACAAAAGAGAAUAUAUUUUAUGCACAUUUAUUUAAAAAAGAUAGAGAUAUACCUUAUUGGGAUAAUUUCAUAAAUAAAGAUUGGUAAUUUAAUUUCUAAGUUGAAACAAAUUUUGAAGAAAAACCACUCUAUACUGAAGUAAAGAAAUAAUAAUAAGAUUAUUUUUAAGAGAGAAUAGUUAAAAAUUAUUUAUAUACAGCAUCAUUAUCAGCAGAAUAAGUUACAGAGACAGGAAUGGAAAUAGAGGAAGAGAAUGAAAAUAUAUAAAGUACUGUUUAAGUUUAAAAGAUUGAGAUGGAUGAAGUUAAUAAACAUAAAUUGAUGAUACCAAUGUUAUCUUUAAUAGAAUUUAUGGCAAAUAAAUAAAAUUUCUAAUAAGUGAUACCUGGUUAAUAAUAAACAUAAUAAACAUAAUAAUAAGAAGAAGAAAUGCCAAGUUGGAUGACUGCUAUUAAAUAAGUAUUCAAUGAUGAUAGUCUUUAUUUAUCUUUGAAAAUAUUCAUGUUAAAAUUGAUUAUUAAUAAAAGUGAUAUAUUUAAUAGGUAUGCAUCAGGAUGGAUUGGAGUUUUGUUAGAUUAUUGUACAAAAGAGAAUAAAGUAAAUGGGGGUAAAGGAUUUCAUUAUUUUUUAAGAGAUGUUAUUGUUGUUUUAAUUAAGUUUUCAUAAAAAUAAGAAGUUAGAUAAGAAUAUCUUUAGAUGCAUCCUUAAUCUAGAAAUAAGAUAUGUUCAGUAAUUAAUAAUUUGAUAAUGUUAUCUGCAGAUAAAAAUAGAAAAAUAUUUGAUCAAAAUAUUGAAAUUAUUGGAUUGUUUGUAUAAUUAUAUAGAGAUUAAAUGUACAUUAGUGAUAAAUUAAUAGUUGAUAUGAUUUCUAAGAAACCUGAUUAAAAAGGUUAAUAAUUAGAUCCAUAAACAGAAGAUACUUCAGUUUUAUGGUAAGCAAAUGGAUUGGCUAUUUUACAUAUUGCAUUAUUAAAUAAUGUUGUAAUAUUAUAGGAUUAUCCAGAAUUUGUAAGAACUUAAAAUUCAUCAUUAUAUGAAAGAUAUAGAUUUAUUUUAUAAAAGCAAUCUCAUAAUAUUAAAUUUCCAACAGAUUAAAUUUAUAGAUUAGCAUGUGCAUAUACUACUAAGAAACAUGUUCUUAAAGGAAUUGCAAAUGUUUAUGGAAGUGUAUUGUAGUGUUGUUAAUAUUUGAAGGUAUCUAGUAGUGAAUAUGAAUAAGAAAUUAUUAAUGUUGUUACAGGUAUAAAAGCUGAUAAUAGACCAGGAUAUGGUAAAGAAAGAUUCACUACAUUUAUGAGGAUUUUGACUUUUGUUCAUCCAAAAGUUUUAAGCAAUAAUAAAUUAUUUUAAGAAACUGCUAAUUUAAUUGUAUAAGCUUCAAAUAAAGAAAGAGCAGAAAUUUUGAUAAUAUUUAGAGAAUUUUUAGAAUAGAUUGAAUAAUCUACUUAGGAUCCUGAAUUUUAUAUUAAUGAGAUUGUAGUAUCUAUAAGUGGAAGUAUAGAUAAGGUAAUUGAAGAUUAAGAAGAGAGUGUACAUUAUGCAUUAUUGAAUUUAUUAAAAUAAUUAGUAUAAUUGAAAUGUUUGAAUGCUUGUACAGAUUUAAUUUUACAUUGUUUUAAUUAGAUUUUAGAUAAGAUAGAUUAAAAAUAUGGAGUAGAUAGAGAUAUUGGUAUAGUAAAAUUAUAUUAAAACAUUCUAAAAUUAUUACAUGAAUAUUUAAUAAAUUAUGAAAAUAUGGAAUUAUAAGGUAAAGUAACUACAUAUAUUUUAUCAUUAUUUACAUCACAACAUAUAGAAAUUCGAAAUUUAUGUUUUAAAUAUUUAUAAGAUGAUUUAGAACGUAAAGCUAUUUAAUUACAAUAUUAAGCUGGUUAAUAGACAACAUAAAUAGAUAGAGUAAUUUCAUUAAUGAAAGAUAUAUAUUAACCAUCAAAAGAAAUUUUAUGGUUAAAAGGAGCAGUUCCUUUAUUAUUAAGUUAAAGUACAAAGACAUAAGAAUAUGAUUCAUUUAUUUUUGAUAAGAAUUUAAGUGAUGAAGCUCAUUAUUAUGAUUAAGAAUUCAAUAAUAAAAAAUAUUUUAGAUAAAAUAAUAUGUCUUAAAUGGCAGGAACUUAAUUUGGUUCUUAAUUUACUUCAUCUUCUUAACUUUUAAGUUAAGCUAUUGGAGCUAGUCAAAAUAAUCAAGGAAAUAAAAAUCCUAUAAAUUAAAAAUAAUUAAUAAGAGCAACUCAAGAAGUUAUUUAAUAAUCUUAAUAUUUUGAUGAAGAAGGAUUUAGAAUUCCAAUGAAAUCUAAUAGAUCUCAUCUUUCUUAAUUUCUUUAAACAAAUGAAAUAAGUUUCUAAUAAAUUUAAUUAACAUCAAAUAAUUAAAUAAGAUAUAAACCAGAAUCUGCUGCUAGUUUAAGAGAUACAACAAAAAAAUAUUAUAAACUUAAAUCAUAAUAAUCUAAUUAAUAAAUGUAUAAUUUAACUUAGGAAGGUUUUGAGAAAUUUGUAUAAAAUAGAGUUCGUAAAUAUAGAGAGGGAGAUUUACCAGACAUUAAAAUAAAAUAUAAAGAUAUUAUAGAUCCUUUAAUUGUAUUAUGUUUUGAAGAUGAAGAAUUGGCAGGUAGAGUAUUUACUGCUCUUUUUUAAGAAUUAUAUGACAGAAAUACAUCAGCUGAAACUCUUUAUGAAGUUCUAUUAGGAUUAUUAUAAAGAUCAUAAUGUAAGACAUUUAUAUUCAUUUCAACUGUCUUAAGAACUCUACAUUAAGUAUUAUGUAAAUCUGGAAUAUUAUUACCUGAAAAUAAGAUUGUCAAAAAAAUAGGAUUAGAAUCAUUGGCAUAUUAUUAAAGUAUGAUAUUAACUGAAGAAUGUAUAUUGAGAUUGUAAGAAGAUAAUGAAAAUUAAGAGAUUAGAAAAUCAUUCUUUUGGAUGGAUCUUAUGGAUUUACAUUAAAGUUAAGGUAACAAAGCUUAAAUUGAAGGAAUUAUUAAUGAAUUAUUUAAAGAUAAACCAGCUUUUGAUUCAAUUAAAUAAGCUAUGGAUUAUAAACAUUAAUAUUCAUAUAUAAGAGCCAAUUAAUAAUUGGAAGAAUUAUUAGAUGAAAUAAAUUAGGAAGGAUAUGAUGAAGAUACAAUUGAUGGAAGAAUGGUUCAUUAUUUAUAAUAAGAAUUUGAAGAUACAUGUAUGAAAUUAGGAUAAUGGGAAAAAUUAGAUGCUUAAUUAAAAGAUGUAACAUAAUUAACAGAUAGAGAAUUAAAUGCAAAUUUACCAUUAAUUAGAAGAACAUUCCAUAAAUAUAUGUCAAUAAAUAAAACUGGUGAAUUUGAUUUACAAAAAGCUAAAUAUUUGGAAAGAAGAACUGAACAUUUAUCUGAUGAAUUCUUAUUAGAAAAAACAUUGAUUCUCAUUUCAGAAUAAGAUAUAGAUUAAUCUAGAUAUUUCCUUCAAAAAGCUUAAAAGAAAUUUUUAACUUAAUGGGCAAGUUUAUUAUCUUAAAAUGAAUUACUAUCUAAAUAACUUAGACAUAAACAUUUAGAAUAAUUAUAAAUGAUGCAUGAAAUGGGUGAAAUUUAAAGUAUUUAUAGUGGAGUAGAAAUUGAUAUAGAUAAAAAAAUGUAAAUAUUAAAUACAUGGGCUGUUCGAUCACCUUCUCUUUAAGAUAGUUUAUAUACGUGGAAUAGAAUUUAUUAAAAUCGUUUAAUAAUGGCUAAUCAAACUCAUCCAGUAUUAGGUAUGUGGGCUUUAUAAUUUGCUAAAGGAGUUGUUUAAAUGAAUUAUUUCUAAUAAGCUGCUAAUUUAUUAUCAAUAUGUUUCAAAGUUUAUAAAUGUGAAAAUUGGAGUACUUAUUCUACAUUGGCAAAAUUAAAAUUAAAAGAAGAAAGAUUUGAAAGUGAUCAAAGAGAUUUAGAAACUAUUUAUUCAAAAUUAAAUGAUAAUUUUGAUAGAUAUGAUCAACAUAAAAAAUUAAAACUCUUUUUUAGUUAAUAAGCAUAGAAAAAUACAGAUAAAUCUGUUUAAUUCAGAUUUAAUAUGCUCCCUAUUAUUAGUAAUUAACAUUAUCUAAAAAUUAAUUAAGAUUUAGUAUUCAUGUUUAAUCAAGAAUCUAGAAAACAUAAUAAUCGUUAUGAUUUUAAUCCCUUUUAUUAACGUUAUGCUGAUGCAAUUACACAAACAUUUAAUGGAUAUUUAGAAUUGUAAAUAUAAUUACAUGAUGAAAAUAUUAAUCAAUCUAAAUUUUAUAAUAAAGCAGCCAUGUUUUGUGAAAGAUGUUUAAGAGUAAUUGAACCUGAUUCUGGUGGUUCUAAUGAUUUAAGAAAAAUUUUAGAAAAUAAAAAUAUAAGUUUAGAUAUGAUUGCUGAUUAAUUUGUCAGAUAUACUAUCAAUUCAUUUAAAUUCAAUGCAAAUCAAUUAAAUAAAAUUGAAACACUUCUUAUUAAAGUAUUGAAAGUUGUAUAAAAAUUUCCAAAUUAAAUUGGUCCUGUAUUCUAAGAUGCUGUUGAAAAGGGACAAUUAAGUACUUGGAUUUUCUUAUAAUAUUUACCAUAAUUAAUACAUUUAAUUAAUGAUAAUGUGAGAUUUUAAUAUUUCAAAAGAAUCUUUGAUGAUUUCAUUAAAAAAUACCCUUAAUAAUUUAUUUAUUAAUUUAAUGUAACUUAUUAAACAAGAAAGGAAUUUAAACCAGAUUCUGAAGCUAAUAAGAUGUUCGAUAAAUUACAUCAAUGUAUUCCUAAGAAUUAUGCCUUUAUAGAAGCACUAAAUUAAUUGACACAUCCAGAACAUAGAUUAUAAGCUUAUCUAAAUUAGAUCAAAGAUAAUUCUGAAGAUAUAGAUAUUGUUAUUGAUAAAAUUUAAGAAGACUUUUUUUCAAAAAGAGAAGAUUUUUAUGGAAGUUAUAAUUUAGCAUUUAUUUAAAAAAAGAAAAAUCAAUUAAAUCAAAUAUUAAAAAAUAAAGUUGAUUAACAUACUAUUAAUUAGUUUGCAUAAGAAAUAUCAGAAGAAGCAAAAUAAAUUUAAGUCAAAAAUUAACAAAUGAUUCAUGAUAUGUCUCGUUGGUUCUAAAAUUAUAAUGAAGAAUCUAUUGAUCAAAUUGGUAAAUAAACAGAAAUUCUAAUUCCUAUAUAAUUAAGUGGAAUGAAUGAAUUUGAUAUAUAAAUGAUACCAAAAAUAGCUAGCUUUGAUUAAGGGAUGCUUGUAUUAACUUCAAUUAGGAAGCCAAAAAGAAUAAAGAUAUAUGGAAGUGAUGAAAAACAAUAUUUAUUUUUAGUAAAAGGAGGGGAGGAUCUUAGAUUAGAUUAGAGAAUAGAAUUGUUAUUUGAUGUUAUGAAUAAAAUUCUACCAGAUUCUGAUCUUAGUACUUAUGGAGUAUUUCCAAUGACUAAAUUAUUUGGUAUGUUAUAAUGGGUAGAUAAUACUACAGUUAUUAAGGAGAUUAUAGAGAAAGAACAUUAAGAAGAAGAAGGGUUGGAGUUAUUUAAAAACAAAGCAUUAUCAAAGAGGGAUGAUUAUGCACUUAAAGCAGCUAAAAGAUAAGGAUAAUAUAAUGAAAAAAAUAAGAAUUUUGAAGUUAUUGGUGUAUUGUAAUGUGAGAAUGCUACUGAAAUAGUUUAAAAUUUCAAUGAAUAAAAAAAAUAUGUAAAAGAUACAUUAUUAAGAAAUGGUUUAAGUAAAUUAAGUGCAAAUUUAGAAGCAUUUGUUUUUAUUAGAGAUAAAUUCCUAAUUAAUUAUGCAGGUAUAUGUGCAUCUGGUUAUAUUCUUGGUAUAGGUGAUAGACAUUUAGAAAAUAUAUUAUUAAAUUAUUCAAAUGGUAAUUUAAUUGCAAUAGAUUUUGGAUUCUCUUUUGGUUAAGGAUUAGCAUUACCAAUUCCAGAGUUGAUGCCAUUUAGAUUGACUUAAGUUUUUGAAGGAUUAGCUAAACCUAUUGGAUUAGGUGGAUUGUACAAAAGUUAAUUUGUAAAAAUAUUGUCAGCUUUAAGAAAAAAGAGACAUAUUUUACUUGAUUUUUGUGAAGUAUUUUAUGUUAAAUAUUUUAGGUGUUUAUUAAUGAUCCAUUGAUUGAGUAAAUAAAAAUAGGAAAGAAUAAAGGAAUGUCAGAUGAAUUUAGAUAACGUUUAGAAGAAUAAUCAAAAAUUGAAGAAUAAGUUUAUAAUAGGACAGGAGAUUCUUUAAGUAUGCUUUCAUAGGAUUAAUAAAAAAUAAAAGAAACAUGGUAUCCAAGAAAGAAAAUAGAUAUAGUUCAUAAAAAAUUAAUUGGAGUUCAUUGUUCUUUGAUACUUUUGGAAGAAUUUGAUGAAUCUAGACAUUAGUCAGCAAGAUAUGCUGAUAAUUUAAGAAAGGCUAUUUAAGGAAUUAAUCAAAAUAGAUUAAGACAUUAAUACUAAAAACAUUAAACUUUAUCUGUUAUUUAAUAGGUUGAUUGUUUGAUAGAUUUGGCCACAGAUCCAAAUAUAUUGGGGAGAGCUUGGAAAGGAUGGGCUCCAUUUAUAUGA